AUGGACCAACAACGUCUGCUGCUUGUGCUCGUUUUACUUCAUCAGCAAACAGAUGGAAAGUACUUCCACAUCCUGAAGACGUGCCAGUUCUGGCAGAACGACCUGCAGUACUCCAUUCAGUACCAGUACGACGGGCGUCUGCAGGCCCUGUACAACAGCUCCACGGAGAAGGUGGUAGGAUUUACUCAAUACGGACUCCAGUUUGCAAACGAAGUUAAUAAUAAUCCUCACUUCCUGGCGGUCAGGAGACAGGACCUGAACUUCUACUGCAAAGUCCAGAGUGCUCUGGUGUUGAAAGCCAGUCAGGACAAAGCAGUUCCUCCGGUCAGCAGGCUGAGGUCAGCCAGCUCUGUCGGCGGCGGAGACUCUGAGGUUCUGGUCUGCAGCGCCUACGACUUCUACCCCCGCCAGAUCACACUGACCUGGCAGCUGGACGGCAAAGUCAUACCUGACCCUCCAGGUGUGGUCGUCACAGAGAUGCCUGGCGGGCCGUGGCGUUACCAGAUCCACUCUCGCCUGGAGCUCCCGCCAAACACAGGGCAAGAUGUCAGCUGCAUGGUGGAGCAUGCCGGGCUGCAAGAGCCGCAUGUGAUGCGACUCCAGCUGCAGUCCGAUACCAUCAGUCUCCCAGUGGGAGGAGCUGUUCUGGGACUGGGAGCAAGUUUCCUUUUCUGUGCGAUAGGAUGUUACUGUAAAAAAACACGAUGAGCUCAAACUAACUGCUACAACAUCCAAGCACAGUUUCUCCAUGUGAACCAAUGAGGGAAAUCACAAUGGAACAACUCCAGCACUGGUUUCCAGUAUAACUGCAGUCCAACUACAUAGUGAACACACAAUUCAGACUUGUUGUUUGUCUAUGUUUAUGCCUUAUUAUUAUUGCCUAUAUUACAGGAGGAUCUUAACUUAAUUUAUUUUAAUUAUUGUUAUAUAUAACAGAUGAUGUGAUUAUAUAAUCAUAAAUGAUCAAUGGUUCCCUAAAAAUCAAAGAAGAGAGCAAAGACCUGAAAGUUAAAGCAUAUUAGUGAAUCAGUUUCCUUUUCUUCUUUUCUUAAUCAUCUCACAACCACAUCUGGUGACCCUUUGGAGGGCCUGACCCCUCAGGUUAGGAACCACUGCUAGUGGACUUCUUAGAAAGUAGUUAAAACAGUGAGAAGGUAAUACUUGAUUGAAAAAAGGGACUUUUACUUGUAAUGGAUUACUUUUACAGUGUACAUAGAAUAGUAUAGUAAUAGUAAAGGUCUUCCAACCCUGAGUGUAAGUAGUACCAGCAUUAUUUUGGGAGUUGUAGUAGUGAAGUCACAGAAGUUGUACUAGUACUACAAAUAAAAAUAAUAAUAAUGUCAUUAUUAAUGUUCAAGUUAGUAUAAUUAGCAGCAUUGUGUUUUUUUAUUAUAUUAUUUGUCACAUGCUGCUGUUUGCUGUUCACUUUGAUUUUUCUAUUUGUUACAUUUAUAAAUGAAUACUUUCAGAUGAAGCCUUUGAUCAUAAGCUUUUAUUUUGAAAAUAAAGAACGGGAGUGGAUAUGCGCGUUUCGGCUUUUAUUUUGGAGUAGAAGCUUUGAACGGAAGCUGUUUAUUUAACGGAAGUCGAAUGUUAUCGUGUUUUGU